AUGGCCUCCGACGGCCACCCGCCGGAGCCGGGGAAGAAGGAGGAGGUCGCCUCCACGGCCGCUGGGCCUGGAGCCAACGAUCUGGACGACCCGCAGUUCAUGUGCUGCGUCUGUCUGGAUCUUCUGUACAAACCAGUUGUUUUAUCAUGUGGUCAUAUGUCAUGUUUCUGGUGUGUCCACAAAGCUAUGCAUAUUUUCCGGGAAUCCCAUUGCGCUGUGUGUAGGCAGCCCUAUAUACACUUUCCAAGUAUCUGUCAUCUCUUGCAUCAUUUGCUUCUAAAGCUUGAAACUACUGAUUACAAAAGAAGGGAAAAGGAAGUACUAGAGGAAGAGAAGCGCAUACAAACAUACUCUCCCCAAAUCAUUGAGUUUUUGAACUUCAAGAAUAAUGUUGGAAGCGAUGGGGAGAACAGAAAUGAAGACAGUAAAGCUAGACCUCCACAAGAAGUUUCAUUGAAUGGCAGCAUUUCGGAUAAGCAUUCGAAGAAAAUUAAGUUGGAGGAUGCUUCAUGCCCUCUCUGUACGGAAAUGCUGUAUCAACCUGCCGUUCUUAAUUGUGGUCAUGUGUAUUGUGUAUCCUGUUUGUCGUCCUUGAAUGAGGAAACACUGAAAUGCCAUGUUUGUGGAAGUCUUCACCCUGGAGAUUUCCCUAAUGUUUGCCUGGACCUUGAUCAUUUCCUGGAAGAAUAUUUUCCAGCAGAAUAUGAAUCGAGAGGGCAGAAAGUUCAGUUUAAGAAGGAUCAGUGCAAUCGUGGAUAUUCAAACAUAAGUACUUCAGGCAGAAAAGGAAGCAUAGCACUGCAUGAUGAGGACCUGUUAAAUAUUCACAUUUCAGUAGGAUGCGACUCAUGUGGGGUAUAUCCGAUACGUGGUAAGAGAUACAAAUGCCAGGACUGCACUGAGUUAAUUGGGUUUGACCUUUGCGAAGCCUGCUACAACUCCAGUUCAAAGCUCCCAGGACGCUUUAAUCAGCGGCACACCCCUGAUCACAGAAUGGAAGUUGACAAUUCAGCACUGUUGGGAGGGAUACUGAGACAGCAUGGCAUACCCGAGGAAGGCCCUGAGGGAUUGAUGAUGGAAGAAGCGGUGGUUGCUCCUGCUGCACUGGUGCAGAUACUCAUUGAUCAUCAAGGAAUGGAGGAGGUUAAUGACGAGGGCCCUGGAGAGGCGGCCAUUGAAGAACCAGUUGGUGCUCCUGGCGCGAUGUUGCAUAUAGUCAUCCAUGAUCAAGAAAUGGAGGGCAACGAGGAGGAUCAGGCACUCUAG